AGACUACAGCUGGCUGUUACUUCCAGUCUGUGAGACAGGGGUGGGCAACAGGAGGAACAAAAAAGUGACAGUUUACUGUGGUGGUCUUACAGCUUUAAAUCCGCCACCUGAUAUGCUAUGGCAGCGAUCAUGGGACUCUCAAAUCCAGUUCGGAAAGAAGAAAUGAGAUGUGUUGAUAUGUGGACACGCACUGGCGGCGCGCUCGGUGGUCGUGUUUGAUGUAACCUACCUUUGACAGCUACUGGUCAGAGCUCGUGCAGACGUGUCGAACCAAGCACUGUUGUAGAACCGAGCUAGAAAGCGUACUGUUUGGGGCCAGAAACAGCGACUGUGGCCCAAAGCUUUGAGGCCAUGAAUUGCUUCAAAAGGCGUUUUGGACAGGAUGUGGAGAAACAGGACCAAAAGCUGUCAAAACCAAGAUGGGAUACACCCAAAAACAAGGUGCCCACAGACCGGACCAUGGUGGUGGGCGGCAGGCAAGGUGGGGGCUGUAAAGGUUCCAACCGUUCAGGACGUACCCUGAGGAAACGGCGCCAGCGCUACGUGGAGAAGGAUGGCAAGUGCAACGUGCAUCACGGCAACGUGCGCGAGAAAUACCGCUACAUGACAGACAUCUUCACUACCCUGGUGGACCUGAAGUGGCGCUUUAACCUGCUGGUGUUCACCCUGGUCUACACAACCACCUGGGUGUUCUUCGGUCUCAUCUGGUGGCUCAUCGCCUACAUCCGCGGAGACCUGGACCACACCGACGAUGCAGACUGGAUCCCCUGCGUGAACAACCUCAACGGCUUUGUCUCCGCCUUUCUCUUCUCCAUCGAGACGGAGACCACCAUCGGCUACGGCUACCGGGUCAUCACUGAUAAAUGCCCAGAGGGGAUUCUCCUGCUUUUAGUCCAGGCCAUCCUGGGCUCCAUCGUCAAUGCCUUCAUGGUGGGAUGCAUGUUCGUCAAGAUCUCCCAGCCAAAGAAGCGAGCCGAGACUCUCAUGUUCUCACACAAGGCGGUGAUCUCUGUGAGGGACAGCAAGCUGUGUCUGAUGUUCAGGGUCGGAGACCUGAGGAACUCACACAUCGUGGAGGCCUCCAUCCGGGCAAAGCUGAUCCGCUCCAAGCAGACCAAGGAAGGGGAGUUUAUCCCUCUCAAUCAGACGGAUAUCAAUGUGGGCUUCGAUACGGGGGACGACAGGCUCUUCCUGGUGUCGCCACUCAUCAUCUGUCACGAGUUCAACGAGGGCAGUCCCUUCUGGGAGAUCUCACAGGAACAGCUAGAGAGAGAGGAGUUUGAAGUAGUGGUCAUCCUGGAGGGCAUGGUGGAAGCCACAGUGACACUGACUCCGAAUGGGAGCCUCCAGUGCCAAGGUGUGAAGCUGGUUCAUCCAGCUCCUGCAUACAAAUGUAUUUCUGCAGGCAUGGAUGUGCCUCAGGGCCAAAAGGGCAUACCAUGGAGGCGUCGCUGUGUUCUCUGCAAAAUGAAGUCCCCCAUCACCUGCACCACCAUGUUUGGUGACCCUCUGCUUUACAGCAGUGCUAUGGCACCUGGCACUUGGCACCUGGCUAUGGCACCUGGCAUCAGCAGCACAAUAUAUAUAUAUUUUUUGUUGUUGAAUUCUUUACCCUUUCUCCCCAAUUUCGUGGUAUCCAAUUAUUAGUAGCUACUUUCUUGUCUCAUCGCUACAACUCCCGUAUGGGCUCGGGAGAGACGAAGGUUGAAAGUCAUGCGUCCUUAACACAGCGUACAUCCAACCCGGAAGCCAGCCGCACCAAUGUGUCGGAAGAAACACCGUGCACCUGGCACCGUGCGCAGGAGUCUGGCCCGCCGCAGGAGUCGCUGGUGCGUGACGAGACAAGGAUAUCCCUACCGGCCAAGCCCUCCCUAACUUGGACGACCCUCGGCCGAGCCUGGGCGCGAACCCAGAGUCUCUGGUGGCACAGCUGGCGCUGCAAUACAGGGCCCUUAACCACUGCACCACCCAGGAGGCCCUCAGCAGCACAAUAUUGUGUAGAGGACUAAGGGUCUUCCAAAUAUUGAAAGUGUUAUUUUGUAAAUGUAUAUAUAUUUUUUCAUGUUUUUUCUCCAUUUUUUGGGGGGGUGUGUUAGAAUACCAUUUUGGUAUUUUGUAUAUAGUUAUUCCAUUCAAAAUGUAUAACUUCACCAAUUUGGCCACUUGGGUACAUUUGGGCUACUUGUGUGGGACACCUGGGUGACUUCAUGAUAAAUGUCAUGUAGCACAAUCAUUUUGGAAGUUAUCAUUCUGAAACGUUGCACAAGUACUGUUGCCCUCUUAUGUGUUUCACUGAAAUUGUCAUCAUCAUCAUGCUAUCUGAAUGUUUGUUUUGUCUUGUUCAUUUUAAAGAUGAUGAUACAACAAUAAAAAUGAAAAAACACGUUUUUUUUAUUGUAUUAUCUAA